AUGUUCCAGAUUAUAUUGGAGCACGGUGGAUGCCCGUAAGCGUUGCCAAUAUACAUGCCGGGUCCUGGAAUAUCGGCCAAAGCUGAGCGCAGAAGAGCCAGAUGCCUCAGGAAUGCAGGAAGAGAACCACACAAUUGUGCACAGUCCGGCUGCCCCUGUAGACCCUAACCUCAAAGAUAAGCCACUUCAGGAGGCACCUUCUCCUGUACCACCACUGGAGCGCCAUUCUCCAGCACAGAACCCAGGACCUCUGCCACCUCCCGAGCCUGCUGUCUCCAAGCCUAAACCUCUCACUGGAGCUCGCAUCAAAGUGCCCAACUACUCCCCCACCCGCCGGCCCCUAAGCGGGGUGUCGUCCCGCCCGUUGCCUUCUCCCGGAAGCGCAUCGUCCAUGUCCCAUCAUAUCUUGACUCUACCUCACCCCCUCCCUCGUCCCCCCCCUGUGCCGCCAGAACUGGCCUUUGAGCUCAACGUCUCCGACUUGGAAUUUGACGACAGCCUUCUGGAUGAGCCUUUCCAGGAAGAAGAGUUGGGAGGGCCGCGGACAUGUCCCCCUUCACCCAGCCUGGGCCUGCCCCAGUUAGAUGGGCUGGGCGAUGGCGAGAGUGAGGAGGAAGGAGAGGCCAGCCGCUACUUCCGUUUCCCGCGUACGGUAGUGACCCGAGACCCACCUCUGCCGCCUUACCCGCUGGAUCUCCCGCUGCCCCAUAUCCACCAACUGGACGGCAUAGACGACGGCACUGACAGCGAGGCAGAUGCGACGGGGGGGCACCCUUCCGCCAAGGGCAAGCAGCCCGAGCCAAGGGUGGAGCGAGAGCUGGCCGGCCCCACGCCAGCUCCAGAGGACUUGCCCUCGGACAUUGUGGAGUUUGUGCUGAAGAACAUGGACGCCCCCGAGAGCAAGGCCAGCCCUCCUCCUUGCCUCAGCCCGAUGCCACUGCCACCGGCACCUCCUACCUCUGCCAGCCUCAACGGCACUGAGUCAGCCCAUCCCAUCCCUGCUCCGGAUCCAGCUCCAACCUUAACCCUCGGUUGUGCCCAAGUGCCGUCCAGCCCUGAAGUGACGGCGGUGCUGGGACCCGAGGCACAAAAGUCCAACUCCAGGAUCAUUCUGGUGAACAAGCUGGCCCAGGUGUGCAUGAAAGUUCAAGGCGAGGAAAGCCCACUGGCCGCUCAAGACGGGGAACAGGCUUUCAAGCCAAACCCCACCCCGAUGUCGGCUGCUCCCAAUCUUGGCACGGUCAUUCUGAGGGCACCUCUGGGCCUGACUCCUAACCCCUUGCCCACUUGGACGAUCCGGGGCCCGGUACUUAGCAUGGUACCCAUGAUGAACGUGGUGGGCACCACAUCUCAGGCUGUUGGCGGUGGGCAGUUGGCACUGAGUGCCCCAGCUCUGGUGACACCUUCCUUGGGACUCCAGCAGACUUGUCUCCUUCAGCCUGUCGCCGUGAAUUCUAGUGUGCUUAAUAUUCCUGGCUUGGUGUCUUUGCCCGGCCCUCGCCCAGCCAUCCGGGUCAAGAGAGUUUCCACCUUUGUCGGAAAUGUGCCCGUCAAGAAGAUGAAAGUGGACGGAGUUAAUGAUGAGGAGCCCCCCACAGUUACUCCUGAUCACUUGGCAAAUAACUGCAUUUCCGGCAGUACGAUGGGUUCUGGGUAAGUAUAGGCAUCUCAGGUAUAGGCACCUUUUCUGUUCCUCCCAUGUUAAUUACAUACAAGUUGUGUUGAAACCAAAACCACACAAGGUUUUGUAACCAAGACCCAGCAGAUCUAAGGAGGGCAUGCUACAAUAGCUGUGAGAGCCAUGUUUCCAGGUGUCCAUCUUCUCUGGGCUCAGUGCUAGCACAGUGUUAAAUCUGGUAUCUCUCGUGAUCUAGAUCGGGGGUGUCCACGCUUUGCAACUGUUAAGAUCUGCGGACUUCAACUCCCAGCUGGCUGAG